UCAAUUGCCAGUUAUUUGCCAGUCCGAUCUGAUUCAAGAUGAAACACCUUUUGGCUCUGCUCUGCCUGAUCUUGCUGCUGCCCCUGUUGAUGGCAGAAAAUCCACCAAUCACUUUUCCGGCAGGGAAUCGAGAAAAAGCGCCCACGGUGGCGCCUCCAAAUGCGGCGAGGGUGGGAUCACGCACCCUGGAAAGUCUGAAGGGCCUGGGAUAAAUGGUCAAGCAAUUGCAGGAUUAUUAAUAAUGUGCCACGAGUUUCAAACUGUGACUUCAAAUAAAGUUAGGAUUUAUGACAA